AUGACCUUUACCGGAUGUUGGACCUGCAAGAGGCGUAAAGUCAAGUGUGAUGAGAGGUCCUCUAGUUGUGGAAACUGCGAGAAGAUGAAGAUUCCUUGCGAAGGCUACGGCAUCAAACUUCAGUGGAUCAACGUCUCAAAUCCGUUUUUUGAGAAGGAGAAACAUGGCAGAAGCACACGAGAGGAUGGAUCUCCUAACCAGAUUGGAUAUGACGUGGAGCUCGUCAGAGUUCCCGAGGACGAUCUUGCCACGCCAGAUCUUCAAUUUCAAGAAGAGUUCGACUGUUCGCUGGGUGGAAUCGCAGGGCUGUUGGAAGAUCAUAUUGAAUUGUUACAAAUGCAGCCUCAGACCGACAUCCCAUACACGCGAUUGUCCCGACGGAUAUCAACGAGCAUUUCAGGGGACGCAGUCAUCGACAGACUCAUGCAUCAUUACGUGGAAAACAUCGCAAGUCUACUCCAGCCGAUUCCACAUCCCCAAAAUCCUUAUCGAAAAUUAUACGUCCCGGCAGCUCUCCAGGCAAUAUCGGAAUGGUUGCCGAAAGCGAAGAUGGCCACACCUACCGUUUCUUCAGUCAUUUUCCACUCUUUAAUAGCAUCAUCUGCCUUCCAUCUCGGCGCCUGUGGCCCCGAGCAGGCAGAAUACCUCACACUCGGGUCACAGCAUCGCCAACAAGCGCUGCACUGUUUACAAUCCGCCAUCAACCCUGCCAUGGCAACAGCGGAGUACAAACUUCUCAUGGUGGCCAUGCUGUCAAUGGUUACCAUUAGCAAUUUCACCACAGGGAGCGAUGCAGACUUUGUGAUACACUUGCAAGGUACAAAGCAGCUUCGGAAAACACGGCGCCGAUGGAAAGUCACUAGCAGGGCCACUCGGCAGCUGAAUGAGAUCAGUGACUUUCUAUACCUCCUCACUCGUACGGUCUCUUUCUCCUUCACACCCGGGCCAUGGCCAUCUGAGGGCGUGGAGGAUGUAGACGAACCAAUUGCGUCGCAGGCGGAACCUGACAGCUGCUUCGGAUACAUGUACGGGAUCACACCCGCUAUUGCUGUGGAUAUCGAGGAGACCUGUCGACUGGCAGAGUAUCUUCUAUGGUACGAAGGCACUGAAGAGCGCAUUCCGGAGGGACUCCUCGAAGCCUGCGAAACCCUCGGCGACCGGCUUUGCAACUGGUCUCUAGAUCUUGAAGACGUCCGCCAAGCGAUGAACCAGGAUGCCGAAACGCUAGAAAUCUUCCAGCAUCACGCGAACGCGUGGCAUCUAGCCGCGAUAGUCUACUACCACCGACGGAUCCAAAAGUGCUCCAGCGAAAACCAUCACCAGCUCAUUGCCGAAAUCGCCGAGCACAUGCAUGCUGUUGAGGACAUCAAGACGCGCUCCAAAUCCACCAAGACCAACUUCAUGGCUCCCAUAACGUGGCCCGCCUUUGUGGCCUCGUGUGACGCCCGUGAUCGCGAGCCUUGGGAGCUCUGGUGGGAGAGGAUCAAGUGUUACCGGGUUGCGAAUAGCCGGACGCAGUGGAGAGUGAUCCAGCGUUUGUGGGAAAGAAGGGAUGAACUAGAGCAAGCGGGAAUUGGGGCUUUUGAUUGGAUCGAGGCCUUUAAAGACUUUGGGAUUGCUUUGUUUCCAAUCUGA